GAACAUUAAACUCAUUGAAGCUUUACUUUGGUAAAUUAUUAUUAUAAUGUUUUUUUUACGUGUGUAUACUUCAGUAAAACCAGAGCUGCACACUCAUUGCUCCCGUGCGCUGUCAGUGUGCGCAUAUCUCAGUGCGCAGACACGGAACUGGACGAGUUGCAAGCUGGGAGUUGUAGUUUCUUCUCAUAUCGCCCUGAACUACAUGUGAGUUUGUUGUAUUUUCUACACGAAGGUCAGAUUUGGAAUAUUUUAGGUUAAACAAGUACACGUUUAAAUGCUACUGCAUGUUAGGUUGUAUUAUUUUUCAAUUAAUAUGCUAAUCCAAAUUCUGGAUAGCCUUUGUGCAAUAUCAGACAUUUCCAAGAAACAUUUGAUGUCCAGUCAAGAUAUAGGCUAGUCUUUCUCGUUCAUUUUUUUUUACAAUAGUUUCUUUUCUUUGUUUUGUAAUAUCAGCAGACCCUGAAACGCAGACUCACACUAUGGGUUUUGGGGGUGUGGUCGUUCUCUCUGCAGCUGUCAGUCUCUCAGCACAGUUUGCUCAUGGCAGCAAACCAAACAGCAGGAGAUGUGCACACAGACCGCAGGCUGAGCAGAUAACACUGAAGUAUUUAUCUUUCACUUGGACAGGACACGACAGCAACUUCUCCUUUUUUCUCUUGAACUUUUUUGCACUUUUUGCAAUGUCACUUGACGAUUUGCUUGGACUGUACGAUGACAAAACGACACCUUGAACCACAUUUUACAGGUUUUUGCAUCUGUAGGACCCAAGACUCUGAUAAAAGCGACUUUCAGAUACAUUUAUGGAUAUAUGUCCUCUCAACAUUUUUAUUUCUAAUAUUAUUUCUGCAAAAUAGUUCCUUUUUAAAGCUUAGUUUUCUUUCCGGCGUCAAAUAUUGCACGUAUUACUCAGUUUUGCAGCAUCCACUACAGUAUUCUGCCUCUCAGUGGCCAAACCCACCUUCAUGCGAGUCCUAUAAUUGGAGACAUCACCGUGCCAUCCCACUCAGCGCGCGUCCUCGCCCGGAGCAGUAAUGCAGCACGAGCGCCUGCUCAAAGUCCUGGUCAUCGGAGAUCUAGGAGUCGGUAAAACGUCCAUCAUAAAGCGCUACGUGCACCAGGUGUUCUCCCAGCAUUACCGCGCCACCAUCGGGGUGGACUUCGCCCUGAAGCUGCUGACUUGGGACCAGGGGACGGUGCUUCGGCUGCAGCUGUGGGACAUCGCUGGGCAGGAACGCUAUGGCCACAUGACCCGGGUGUACUACAAGGAGGCGGUCGGGGCCCUCGUCGUUUUCGACAUGACCCGACUGUCCACGUUUCAGGCUGUCCUCAAGUGGAAAGGAGACCUGGACUCAAAGGUCGCCCUGACCAACGGAACGCCGGUUCCUGUCGUCCUAUUGGCCAACAAGUCGGACCAGAGGAGUCAGGGUCUGUGCCCCAAGCUGCCCAAAAUGGAGAAGUUCUCCAGAGAGUACGGCUUCGUGGGCUGGUACGAAACCUCCGCCAAGGACAACACCAACAUUGACGCCGCCAUCACUUGUUUGGUGAAGAACAUCAUGAAAGCGGAGGAUGAGAAAGCCUCAGCGGGGAAAACUGAACCUGAAGGCAGCGUCCUGGUUCUGCCGCACUUCGACUACAACGUCAAGGAGAAUAAACUCAGCGGGUGCUCGGGAUGCUCCUCGAUCAAAACCAGAGACAACGACUGAAGGAGGGACGUCUGUAGCAAGAGACUGAAUGUUAUUGUGUUGAAGGGUUAUUAUGUUACAAAGAUGCAUCCACUGUCCUCACAAAGCACUUCUUCAGAGAGGAAACAAUUAAGCAGUUUGGGAUUCUUCAGAAAAAUCUAUUAAAAGAUAAUGUUAUUAUUCUAUUUUCUUAACAGAAAUGGAGACAGAUAGUGUUCCACUGUUGAGAAACCCUUUGUUUUUAAAAUUAUACAAAAAUGUACUCGUAAACAGUGUUUAUAAAGAUAUUUUAAUAUUUGUAUACAGCAACAUCUUUAAUGUUUGAGACUGAUGGAUUUGUUAUAUAAUGACAUGUUUUUAUUAUUUCAUGCUAAUUUUGUCAAAAUGUAUGCUUUAUUUUUAGCUUCAAAUAACUUUUUUUUAAAAAUGAUAUUAAAAAUCGACUUUUUA